AUGAUGGAAUUUCUCGGCGCCUUGUUGUUGGUGUUGCUCAAAUGGCCCAUCUUUAUUCCGCUGAUGGCAAUUGCAGCGUAUUUCAUGUUCAAAAAUAGCCGAAAAACUCAGCAUACGGUAAGUUCUGUGGUAAAAUUUCUUGUUGCACAGUGCAGAAAAUUAGCGGUCAAUUUUUUGCAUGGUUAGACUGAGAAAUAGGCGAAAAUUGCCAUUGCACCGUGCGGAAAUUCCAAAAAGUCAAAUCUGCACGGUGCAAUGGCAAAAAAAAGAAAUUUCAAACUUCACAGUGCAGAAAAUUAGCACUCUAUUUUCUGCACCGUGCACACUGAAUUUUCGAUGAUUUCGCAAAGUGCAAAAAAAACGAGAAUUCAAUGUGCACGGCGCGAAAAAUUGAGCGAUAAUUUUCUGCACUGUGCAGUUUGAAAUUCCUUUUUUGCCAUUGCACCGUGCAGAUUGGAUUUUUUGUAAUUUUUGCACCGUGCAAAAAGAAAAUCUAAUCUGCACCGUGUAGUGGCCAAAAACCCACAUAACUAUCUAAAAACCACUAAAAUAAUUUUAAUUUCCCCAUUUCAGGCUGAUCGUUUCUUCGCCGACUUCAAAGUGGGUGGCCACAGAGGAUCGCCCAAACUGGAGCCCGAGAACACGAUCCCAUCCUUCGAGCAGGCCAAAAAAGAGGGCGCCGAUCUCAUCGAAUUCGAUGUGUCGUUGACCAAGGACGGCGUCGCGGUCCUUCUUCAUGACGACACUUUGGAUCGAACCACCAACAUGACCGGCCCUAUUCGCGACUACGAACAUUCGGAGUUGAAAAAAGUGAACUGUGCGGCGAAAUUCAGCGCGGAAAACAAUAAUUGCCUCACAACGGAGACCCACAUGCCCACUAUGGAAGAGCUGGUCCAAUGGGCCAAGCAAAACAAGAUGAAAAUGUUGUUCGAUGUGAAGGACGCGGAUCAAGUUUUGGUCGACCAGUUGGAAGACAUUUUUGCACGGUGAGACUUGCAAUUUUUAGCUUAUAGACUGGACAGCCGGCCCUGGAAGGUCUACUUUGCUAAUAACUUGGGAAAUAAUGGAUCAAAAAAUUAUAUUUUUUGGAGCAACAUCCAAAAGAUAUAAUUUUUGUAAAUUCUGAUCCAUUAUUUCCCAAAUUAUCAGCAAAAUAAACCUUAUAGGUCGCGCUGGCACUUAUAUUAAGACUUAUAGGGUCUUCAGCAGCCUUUUUUCAAAUUUUUUAUAUUAACCACCUUUUUCAGCUAUAACAUCCACGAAAUGGGUAUUGUUUGCUCAUUUUUCCCCAGUGUUGUCUAUCGAAUCAAACGGCAUUCGCCCCGGAUUUUGACAGGCCUCACUUGGCGCCGUUGGUUCUUCUCGUACAAGGAUUUGGAAGCUACAGAACCCCGGUUUUUCGGUCCAAGACUUCUUUUGGCAACCUUAGUUGAUGUCCUUUAUAUCUGGUCACUUUUAACCUGGCUUCCAUCCUUUUUGGGAGUGGACAUGGUCCUAACUGAACGUAGAGACAUCUCAUCGUAAGUUUUUGGGGUUUGGUAUCAAAAUUUCAAGUUUUUUUGAUUUAGACCUCAAGUAUAAUAUAAAUCUUUAAAUUUUGGCUAAUUUUCGGUAAAUUGUUGGCAAAGUAUCGGUUCUAAUGGGUUUUAUAAGGCUUAACUAUUCUUUUCAGCACCUUUGUGAAGCAACAACAGCUGGCAGGCCGCCGAGUUUGCGCUUGGACCGUGAACGACCUGAGCGAAGCGAUCUGGAUGCGAAAAGUCCUCGAUAUCCCCAUCCUGACCGAUCUGCCCGUGAUGUGUCAGAGUUUACAUUAG